CACAAAAAAAAAAAGUCUCACCUCCAUUCCAUCCCAUCUAUUAAUCCUCUCCAUUGUUCGGCCCGCCGAAACACCUCUACAUUGUAUUCGCCUAAUCAACGGGGUUAAAAGAGGGCUGCGUGACUUAAUAGGAUAAAUUAGCCAACAUAUACAUCCUGGUCAGAAGAAAAGAAAAAAAAAAAGCUACUUUGCACGAAAUUACUUGCCACGGCGCACCGGCAUGGCUAACUACCAAUAUCGCAAUUCCCAGUACGGCAGCCAACCUGCGAGCGAGAAGUACGAUAAUGGUGUUCAGAGACGGCCGACGGGCAAAGAAGGGCGUAACACGCGGUCCAGCGAAGGCACAGUCAGCACAGUCAUGAGCGCGUCGACGGGUAGAGAAUCGUCGGGGACGCACGUCACAGACGCACCCGCAUACUCCAAGAAGAUCGUGGUAGUCGGCGACGGCGGCUGCGGAAAGACGUGUCUCCUAAUCAGCUACAGUCAAGGAUAUUUCCCCGAGAAAUAUGUCCCGACCGUCUUCGAAAAUUACAUCACAUACCCGACUCACCAACCGAGUGGUAAGACCGUCGAGCUUGCGCUGUGGGAUACCGCCGGCCAAGAAGAAUACGAUAGGCUGCGGCCGCUGUCGUACCCAGAGACGGACUUAAUAUUUGUUUGCUUCGCCAUCGACUGUCCCAACUCCUUAGACAAUGUCCUCGACAAGUGGUACCCCGAGGUUCUCCACUUCUGUCCUUACACACCUCUCAUACUCGUCGGACUGAAAUCUGACCUGCGGAACAAGAAGACCUGUAUCGAGAUGCUCAAGACGCAAGGCCUUACGCCUGUCACCACCGAGCAGGGCAUGGCGGUCGCCAAGAAGAUGGGCGCCCAGUACAUGGAGUGCAGCAGCAAGGAGAUGACGGGCGUGGACGAGAUCUUCGAUAAGGCGAUCCAGACCGUAGUGGCCAACGACCGGCGUAACCUCGAGGUGGCGAUGGCUGCGGCUCCCUCGUCCGUUGGCGGCGAUAGUAGCGCCUCGGGCAGGGGACGAGACAGCGGCGGGAUCCCCGGGAUCCGCACUUUUAAGAAGAAGAAGCGGAACUGCAACUUCUUGUGAGGGGCGACGAGGUAGCAAUUCUUACUUACGAACGCUGAGUGGGCAUCUGGAUGGAAUACGACGACGGAAACACAAAAAGUCCGGCUAAUGAUCAACUUUUGCAUGACAUCAUAUUGUUUAUUUUUAUUUUGUUCACUUUCUCAACGACGCUUCUUGUUACGAUAGCGGGAAGGAUAGGUAGGGAUCGCCGUUUUUAUUUUUUUUAUUUUUACUUUUUUUUUCAUCAUCAUCUUUUCUUUUCUUCUUCGUUUUCCUUAGAAGAGAAGGAGAGGGGG